AUGCCCCAUUCACCCAUGAGUCCCAUCUUCAACCACACCAACUGGGACACCGUUGACAUUGGCAUUGACAAUUCGGUCCGCAACACCUCUGACACGAUGACUUCUAACAACACCCUCUCCGGCUACCGCUACGUCCCAGCCAACCUGAAGCACGCCGCCCCCAACACCACUGAAAACGACGACGCCAUCUCCCGGCACACCGACCUCUUCCCCCUUCCCCCAACCUACUCCCAGUUCCACCCCCCGUACACCCCCUCGCCAAACUACCACACCUUCCCUUCUUUUCCUCCUACCAACCCCGACAAUGACUCCUCCUCAGACUCAGACUGCUACUCCGACCACCUAGACCUAGAUUCCUACCUCGCCCCCUCCCCCACCGUAGCCACCGCCCCCGUCUUUCCCUCCUUUACCAACAGCCACAAGUCCCGCUCCCACAAGAAAUACCAACCUCGUGCCCCUCCCUCCCUGACGUUCUUCCCCCGUCCCUCCCCAGCCCCGAAGAUGAUGCCCUCUACUCGCCCAGUCCACCAAAGCAGGCAUUUAUCUACACUCUCGGCAAAAAUGCCACUCCUCCCAGUCCACCACAGGUACCAACCCCCCGCAGAGAUUAAAACCCAGCCCAAUAUCUUGACAUCCCUUCUGGGCGCUUUCACCACUGGCGAUAACAAGAAAGAACGCGCAUCUUGGUACCACGAAGAGAUGGAAGAGGAGCUGGAGAUCACACCUAGUUUAGUUCAGGGGUUGGAUUUGGAGAGUGAGAAGCUCCAAUAUGGGGACUGCCAGAGCAGCUGGUGGUGUGUUUUCCAGUUUUUGGUCAUGGUGCUGCUUGGUUUUGUGUUUCUUGGGGUGAUGUUUCUUGCGGGAAAGACAUUGUGGGAGUUGGGAUGGGAGGUGGUUGCUUGGAUGAAUGGAAACGAGGCCGCUGUGGAGGGUGUGGCCGGGGGAAGGCUUUGCAGUGAUGCUCACCCGAGGUUUUGUCACCUUGUUGUUGGGGCUGAAAGGUAG